AUGGAAGGAGAAGAAGCAACUAGUAAAGAUACUGAAGCAAAUGACGAAGAACAGCAGCCACGCGGUCAAGGAUCUAGAUCUUGUCCACUUUUGAUCUGUAAGAUCAGAUCAAAAAUGGGUUGUCGAAAGCCGAACCAAGCUGAUUCACGUGCUAAAAACAGAUCUUCGGAGGCCAUCAUUUCCAGAAAUACAGAAGACGAUGAUAAUGACGAGGUACGACAGAUGGAAUCCCAGAAGAAACUCCAUGCGGCAAACGUAGUAAAGGUACUACAGAUGGAACCCCAGAAGAAACUCCAUGCGGCAAAGUUAGUGAAGGUACGACAGAUGGAUUCCCAGAAGACACUACAUGCGACAUAUGCAAUAAAGGUACGACAGAGGGAAUCCCAGAAGAAACUCCAUGCGGCAAACGUAGUAAAGGUACGACAGAUGGAACCCCAGAAGAAACUCCAUGCGGCGAAGGUAGUGAAGGUACGACAGAUGGUAUCCCAGAAGACACCACAUGCGACAUAUGCAAUAAAGAUAAGACAGAUGAAUCCACAGAAGAACCUCCAUGCUUUGAAGAUAAAACAGAUGAAUCCACAGAAGAACCUCCAAGCAUUGAAGAUAAGACAGAUGAAUACACAGAAGAACCUCCACGCAAUGAAGGUAAAACCGAUGAAUCCACAGAAGAACCUACAUGCGGUGAAGGAUAGGAAUGAAAACAUCUGGUACUUUCUAAAGAGGUAA